GUUCUCAACUUUAGUUCUUUGCGAGUGGCCAAGGCGUUCGGUUCGUUGCGUGGCCGAAGUUAAAUUAAAGCGGAAAAGUGACAGCUGAAUAAAAGUGUAAAGAAGAACAGAAGAGAAGAUAUCUAUCUCUUCCUCUCUAUCGACUGUAGCUGUGUGCGUGCUAGCCGGGUUUUGGGCCAGUUUUAUCAAGGAGCGACAAGCUAAUCAAUCACUCAUUCAACAUGGCCAUCGCUGAGAGCCAUCUAUUGGGCAGCUGCAAAGCUGUUCCUGGCAGAUGCUAUAACAGGAACAGGUCACAUACCCCCGCACAUGCGCCGUCGCCGUCGUCGUCGUCGUCGCUGUUGCUGUUGUUGUUGUCGCUGCUUCUCAUGAUGCUGGCAGCGAUGCCCACUUCGUGCUUGGCACAGACUUCCGAGUCAACAACCCUGCCGUCAGUGGACACUGAGGAAGUCACCACGGUAAACCCACCACAGCAACCAGUGAACGAACCCCAUGUUGCCGCUGUCAACGAGACGAAUGUUCGGCUCGAGCCCGAGGAAACGGCUGCUGCCGAAGUUGCCGAUGAAUUUGCCCACACCAGCUUCGUGGCGCUGGGGGGCGAGGGACUGGAGCAGGGCAUACGCAAUGCGGUGAAGAGCGAGGUGGAGUCGGAAAUCGAAGCAGAUUCCUCUGCACUGGUGGAGACACUGCAGGUUGACCAUAAAGAAGACGAACACAAGACAACAAGCAAAAACGAAGAGCAAACAGAUGCAGCUCAAGGUGUACGUGAGCCUAAAACUCUGGAAACGGAUGUGGAGAAGGUUGAAGAGACCGACAAGGUUGAGGAGGCAGAGAAAGGAGAGGAAGCAAAGAAGGCCGAAUCAACUGAGAUUGAAUCCGAGUCGGAUAAUACUCAAGAAUCUGUGGAAGCCAAGGAACCUGCGAUUGCCGAGAAUUCAAGCGACCACGUUGAAUCAAAGUCGGACACAGAAAUUGACAGCUCUUCGGCAGAGGCCAAUCCUGUGGCAGCAGAGAGCCGACCGCUGCCCAGUGUGACCAGCGAUUUGGUGGCCGUGAUCUUCGAUGAGAAUCGUGCGAUUACCGAACAACCCAUAGCGAAAACGAACCUCUUAGCCUUGGAGAGGGAACAUGAGGAAUUCAGCGAAGUGGAGACAACCCCACAGCCCACAUUGGAAGUGGUGCCCAAGCAUCAGGUGACCAAAAAGCAAGGUGUCGAGGAUUUGCUGCCCAUGGAGAUUGCCCAAAAACAGGAUGAGCCACAGUCAGCACCGGAAGUAGAAGGACAACAAGCACCCGAACAAGACACAGCUGAGAAUGCCAGAGAUGAGCGCAAUCUGGAGACGGCAGCGGAGAGUACAUCAGAGACAUCCGCUCAAGAUCAACUGAAUGAGAUCGAAAAGAAAGAAGUCGAUGUACAACCCGCAACUUCAAGCACUGCGGAACCAGAUUAUGUGGCUUCAACGGAGGCUUCGCCGGAGCAGGCAGUUGUGGAGGCUGUUGAAGAGACUUUGCCCGCGGAAGCCGAGAAAGAUCUGUCGGAAGAUGAACAGAAACCAGAUCCGAAAGAGCCAAGUGUAGCAGCAGCAGGCGAGCCAAGCUCUUCCAGCUCAACAGCUGCCCCGACAGAGUCUGAAAAUGAGAAGAUUGACGAAUCUGUUGAAGAUGAGAGCAGAGAUGAGAGCGAUGCCGAGAAAGGUGAAUCAGGAACGGAGCAAGGCGCUGUUGAGCCAGCUGACAAGGACUCCUCCGAGGAAUCCGAAGAGCUAUCGGCCGACGAGCCGAAGGCCCGAGCCGAAGACAGCACCGCGACUCCGCUCGUCUCCUAUCCGCCGCACAAUUCGGGUCAGACGUUUGUCAGCAACCUGGCCGACGAGCGCAGCGCCCAUCUCUCGCUGGCGUCCACCAGCCGCUCCACGCUGAUCAUAGCACUUUGCUCCGGCACCGCCGUGCUGUUCAUUGUCUUCUCCUUGGUCAUAUUUGUGUUGUCGUUCCAACGCCAGCACGGAACACUGGACAUCGAGAUGCAGGAGCAGCGUUUGGGCAAGGAUGACCUGGACCAGGAGGAUGCGCAGAUGAAGCUGCUCGAUGUGGAGCUGUCGCCGCCCGUCAUCAUUGCCAUGGGCAACGAGGAGACCGACGAAUGUCUCUAGACAUCCAAUCCGGAACGCCUCCGGCGCAUUGUAAAUACUUUAUAACUUUGAGAUUGCGUUUUUUUUUCUAAGGCGAAGCAGCAUCCAAUCCCCGAGCUAGCUUCUUCAACUGGUUGUUAAACUUUCGGCUCCAAAUUACGAACUGGAAAACAGACAAACAACAAAAAAAAAAAACGAAAAAUAAAAAAAACAUUUGCCAUAUUGUUUAAUUUUAA